CCAUAUUCGGCGAUGUAACGUGUUGUAAAAGUUUGAAGGAGGUUUCUAGAAUCACCGACAGUCUCAGGUAAGUUGAAUGAAAAGGUGAACUCAAUUUUCUCAGUGUUGACACAGGAGCCGCAGUAGACUGUGUUUAUGAAAGGAAGAUAAAGGUGUAAAAUGAGGGACGCGGCCCUGCUUUUGUUGUCGUUCGUUUUUCUGUGCCCCCUCCUGGGUCUGUGUCAGGCAGCCAGACCGGGACAGGACAUGAGAUGUGGAGCCUGCAGGGCUCUGGUAGAUGAGAUGGACUGGGCCAUUUCCCAGAUAGACCCAAAGAAAAUGAUCCAGACUGGAUCAUUCAGGAUUAACCCGGAUGGCAGUCAGUCCAUCAGAGAGGUUCCUCUGGCUCGCUCUGAGGGAAACCUCCUUGAGCUGAUGGAGAGCAUCUGUGAGAGGAUGGAGGACUACGGCGAGCACACGGAUCCAUCAACAAACAGGAAGACCUACAUUAGGAUUAAGUCUCGGAGCGGUGAGCCCAUGGACCUGUCAGAGGCCAGUCUGGAUACCAGAGUCACCUCCAGUUUCAAAUUUGCCUGUGAAACAAUUGUCGAGCAUCACGAGGACGAACUCAUUGAGUUCUUUGCUCAUGAAACAGAUAAUGUAAAAGACAAACUCUGCAGCAAAAGGACAGACCUCUGUGACCAUGCCUUGAAAAUUCCUCGUGAUGAACUUUGAUGUGACCUUGCCACAACUGCCCCCACAUCUCAGCCGAAAUGCAGACGCUCUGUGCUGUAAUGGUAGCCUUUGUCCCUGGCGGUUAGGUAUGGCAUUUAAGAUUCCAGUCCAUUUUGUCAGUUUUCCCCCUGCUCUGUCACACGUUUCCUCUAAGUUAUUAUCCUUUCACGUCUAUCACAUCUUCACUCUUCAAGUAUUCCCAGAUAAAAUCCAAACUGUGAAUCUGCAAAAGUUGAAUGAUUUCAAAGGUGAUUUUUGUUUUUUGUACUGUGUACAUUCAAAAUUACUCUUUUCAUGUACAAAGAUCGGGUUGAAUUUCACGGUUCAGUUUAUACUAAUGCUGUCUGACUAGUGUCGUCUGUUUAAACAGAAUUCUGUGCUUUUUGAGUUUAACCAUAUUAAGGACUUUUAAUUUAGAAGAAUUACAUGUAAUUGUCUAAUUUUAUAUGAAUUUCUGCAAAUAUGUGAGUUGAUCUAUAAUUGAUAAUUGAACUGAUUAUUGUAUUUCCUAAAUACCAAAACGUCAACUUCAGAAAAUGAAGACUUUAAUGUGUUAGUGUACAUUAGAUUACACAUUCAACACAAAGACACUGUAGAAUGAAUCUGUACAGUGGCAGAGGCUUCAAAUUAGCUGCGGACAUAAGAGACUGACCAGUGAAAGGGCUGAAAUGUUACUGGAUUUGGAUUAAACUGUAACCAGCAACUGUAGAAAAAAACCAAACAUCUUCCCUAGUUUUCCUUUUAAUUCCAGACGUGUUUUUCUGACAGACAUGAAGGUGAACCUCAUGCUAUACUGUCUGAUCGGAGAGUUGUUAGAUGUCAUCAUUGUCAUCGUCUUUGAACACAUGGACAUGGAUUUGCUGUCGCAUGAAAAUUCUCUUACAUUUGUCCUUGUUUUUAUAAAUAAAGUUUUGUAUCUUUUCUGCA